GACAAUAUCAUUGUGAACUCAGUGGUACAGUUAUUAGCGUACACGUUUUUAUUCGUUAACUAUCGAGAGCGAAAAAAAAUAUUUAAUUUUUUAUUUUACUUGGUUUACUAAAAAAACUUACGAUAAGCAAUAAGAAUAUUUUUCAAAUAAAUUUAAAUAUAAUUUCAAAUUAUCAAAGAAGACUUAAUGUAUUAAAUGAACUAAUUAUGAACGUAAACCGUAAAAUUUCAGUUACCUCAAGUGCUUUAAAAAUACACAUAGACUUCAUUCAAUUAAUUUUUAUUACUCUAUUAUUAACAGCAUCGCUAACAACUGUCACAAUGCGCAAGACGCCACUAACAAAUAUCACAGAUUUUUUCUAUAAGAACACAAGUUUACCUACUCCUGAAAUGCUUCGACUUAGUGGUUAUGAAGUUGAAUGUCAUUCAAUUACAACAGCUGAUGGAUAUGUAUUAGAAGUUCACCGUAUACCUAAAAGUAAAUCAGGCAAAUUAGCAUUUAAAAAUCAUCCUGUUUAUCUUCAUCACGGAGUAUUGACAAGUUCAGCAGAUUGGAUCAUUGCUGGAGCUGACAAUUCUAUUGCGACUCAACUUGCUGAUCAAGGUUACGAUGUAUGGCUUGGUAAUUCUAGAGGAAAUACAUACAGCAGAAAACAUGUAUCCUUAAACCCAAAAAGUAAAGAAUAUUGGAAUUUCGGUCUUGAAGAAAUCGGCAUUUUUGACUUACCUGCUGUUAUUGAUUAUAUUUUGUCAACGAGUGGAAAAGAAAAAAUACAUUAUUUAGGAUUUUCCAUGGGUACAACAUUAUUUUACAUUAUGGCAUCAGAAAGACCAGAAUAUCAGUUAAAAAUAAGAUCUCAAAUCAGCUUAGCACCUGUUGCUUAUCUGUCGAACAUUAAGUCUACAUUAAAAUAUAUAGCUCCACAUGCCCGUGAACUUAAAUUUUUAGCAAAAUUUAUAUCGAAUGGAGCGUUUAUGCCCGAGACAGAUACAUGGAAAUUUUUGGCUGGUACAAUGUGCAGAGAACCCUUUUUGCAAAAAAAAAUUUGUGCGAAAAUUUUAAUUUUUUCAGUUUGUGGAACAGACCUUCACCAGUUUAACAUGAGUUUAAUUCCAUUGAUCUUUGGACAUUCGCCUGCUGGAACGUCAAUAAAACUUAUGGAACACUAUGCUCAAAUAAUAAUGAGCGAAGGUUUCCGAAAAUUUGAUUAUGGUCCUACUCAAAAUAUGAAAGUCUACAAUUGUACAACCCCUCCUUCUUACAAGUUGGAGUCAAUAAAAGUUCCUAUGUCAAUAAUGUACGGAGAAAACGAUAUACUAGCUGAUCCAGCAGACGUUUUAAAAUUGAAAGAGCGACUUCCAAAUAUAAUUAAUUUCAUAAAAAUUGAUAAUCCAUGGUUUAACCACGUAGAUUUUCUAUGGAGUAAGGGAGUUAAUUUUUAUGUAAACGAUCGUGUAAUAACUCUUUUCAACGAGAGCGAUGAUCUUUCAUGGAACAUUAGUACUUAUCUAACAAGCAGUCAAUCUCCUACCGGUAAAACGAAUGACGUAAAUACAUUAUCGUCUUGUGAUUUUAGCAAAGAAUCAAUUGUUAAUGACUCAGGCGAUUUCAAUAUUAAAAAUCGACCGAGUUUAGACUUCUUAAAAACACAUCUUGAUGAAAUAAUUAGCAAGGGUAUGCCUCACAUUGAAAAAACCUUAUCGCAAGCAGAAAACUACGAAAAAGAAUUACAAAAGACUUUUAUUAGUAAUUUGUUGGACUUGGAAAAAUCGUAUCGCAAGAAAUCCAACGAAUUACUCAAUAAUAUGGAUACCCAUGUAACAAUGGCCGAUAGAGUAGUAAAAGACAAUGUCGCUAAGUCAUUUAGCGUUAUUGAUAGAAACGUUAAAAUAGUUUCUAAAACACUUAACAAUAAUAUCUUAAUGAUAGAAAAAACAAUAGAAAAAAAUAUUAUUAAAACCGAAAAUAUUAUUAGUGAUAGCUUUACAAAUGCUAAUCACUUCAUGCAAAACGAAACAGAUAGAUUAAGUAGAACUGUGAGAAAUGCAUUACAAAAAGUAUUUCGCUUUAUAUAAUUUAUUUUUUCCAUAACUUCUACUCAAAUAAAUAUACAUUGUAUCAUAAGUAUGAGGAAUACAUUUUUACUUGUUCUUCAUAAUCACUUUCUAGUAAUAAAAAUUUAGAUACAAAUUAUUAUAUUUACAAAAUUAUUUAUUAAAAAUACUAUUGCACGAGUAUAUAUGAAGUUCAUAUUAUGAACAUAUUUAUUAUUAAUAUGUGAUCUUAAAAACUGUUGUGGACCUGAAAGGACCUAUAACAAAAGUGUCUGAGCCAAUACAAUGGACUUGAAAGUUGGAAGAAGCCUUUUGUUACGCGCAAAAGUCAGCCUCGCGUUUGCUACUCUUUUAGUUGACCCUCAUUGGAGUGCACAUCUUGGAAUUUAUACAGUUGCAUCUAUUCAAUUCGUUGUCACAUGUUUCCAGCAACUAACUGACAACUAGCGGUAAUCAAACAAUUUUUUUCAAAGAAAAUGCCUAUGAAACAAAUUACUUGCCCCGCUUAUUAUAGAGAUCGCUGGCUAUUUAUCGAUGUAGUAUUUUAAACUUGUACUCAAAACACAACCUUAUAUUGUUUAUACGUACCACUAACCACUUAUUUAUACCUUCAUUCUACACCGAAAAAAUAUGCCACCUACACAACUCAACCAAUUGAUAGAAAUUUUUUAAUUCACCACAGAUAUACAUCACAUAAAACAAUUUGAGAAACUGCCAGUUCCCGGAUUUAUCGAUUUCCGUUUAAUGUGACAGCUUCACAUUGAUCCCGACAUAUCCAUAUUGACAUAAUGAUUCAAAUCCACCAUCCCCCAGUCCUGUAGGUAUUUCUUAACAGAAACUGGCCGUUUAAUACCAUAGACAGGGAUGUAUCCACUUAAACGCAUUACACUUUGGUGUACAUCAAUAUGUCUCAAUUGACAAAGAGAUUCAGUUUCAACUAUUUUGAAGACUAGCAAUACGUAGUACAAAAGUCGCUAUUAAUAAUUGUAUUGAUUUUAGUAAUAUAUAAAAUUAAAUCUUUUAAA